AACGUGAGAAGAACAUCCCAUAGAUCAUCAAAAUGGUCCAAACACUCCGCUUCGCCACUCUGGAUGUCUUCACCACCCAGCCAUACUCGGGCAACCCGCUGGGCGUAGUCUUCCUCCCCGACUCAUCCUCCACCCCCAUCACCCAGGAACAGAAACAACUGAUCGCCCAAGAAUUCAAUCUCUCUGAGACCAUCUUCAUCCACCCUACCAGCCAAUCAUCCCCUUCUUCCCGAACAAUCGACAUCUUCACCACCACCGAAGAACUCCCCUUUGCGGGCCAUCCCACCAUCGGGGCGGUCUCCUGGUUCCUGGAACAUUCCGCCAAUGAAGCCGACAAGACGAACGUCCAGACCCUGAUCACGAAGGCCGGACCUUUUGCCAUCUCGAGGGUGCCAGGUUCGCAGUCGGGUGCUGUUGCAGCCAAAAUCGCACAUAAUGUGCAUAUUCACUCAUCGAGAUUUGCGGUGUCGGAGCUGUUGAGGCUGCAUCCUUCGCUGGUACCAUUUCUCGGCCAGGGAGGUCCGGAUAGCUUCCCUGUGUUCUCUAUCGUGAAAGGCAUGAGUCAGGUGCUGGUCGAGUUACCUAGUCUGGAGGCACUGGCUGCAACGGAGUGUCCGGUGAGUGGGGAGGUGAUCCCCUGCAAGUCGGUCGCGGAGGGCGGGUAUCUGGAUGCUGGGUGGGAGGAAUCAGGUCUCGUCGUGGUGUACUUCUAUGUCCGUGAUGUGUAUGAUGAGACGACGGGAAAGAAGGUUAUUCGAUCGCGUAUGCUCCUGAGGAACAUUGAGGAUCCGGCUACGGGCAGUGCGGCUAGUGGACUUGCGAGCUAUCUGGCGUUGACGGGUGCGGAGGCUGGGUCUACGGCGGAGUUUGAUAUCGUGCAGGGUGUGGAGAUGGGGAGACGAUCGGAUAUCAGUGUUGCGGUUACGGUUGGUGCUCGGGGACAGGAGAAGAAGAUUGAGACGGUGGAGUUGAGGGGAAGUGCUGUGAAGGUUACUUCUGGGGAGCUGGUUAUUUGAUACUAUUGAUUGCUGGUCAUGAUAGAUUUACUCCUCUGCAUACUAUUAUUAAGCCAUUAUCUUGCUUCAAGUUGUUCAACCUCCGCUUACAGAGUAC